CCAUCUUCUUCUUCUAGCUCUUGGCCUUCUCCUGACUCCCCUCCUCGCCUCCUCACCAGCAGCUCUGGUCUGCUGCUCCACCUCCAUCGUUGCCGGCUGAUCGAGCAGCUGGUGUUCCUGGUUGCCUGCCUUCUUGUUCGUCGUCUCCCACCUUCAUCGUCUUCUUGAUCUGAGCGCUGAGAACCGGCGAGGAGGCAAGUUGGUCGGCCGGUGGCGAUGGACAUGUCUGGCGUGAGCGCGGUGGACAGCCCUGGAGGCGGCAGCGCGUCGUCGGCGCUGGGAGCGCCGCGGCCGAGCAGGUACGAGUCGCAGAAGCGGCGGGACUGGCAGACGUUCGGACAGUACCUACGGAACCACCGCCCCCCGCUGGAGCUGGCGCGGUGCAGCGGCGCGCACGUGCUGGAGUUCCUCCGGUACCUGGACCAGUUCGGCAAGACCAAGGUGCACGCCGCGGGGUGCCCCUUCUUCGGCCACCCCUCGCCGCCGGCCCCGUGCCCGUGCCCACUGAAGCAGGCGUGGGGCUCCCUGGAUGCGCUGGUGGGCCGUCUCCGCGCCGCCUUCGAGGAGCACGGCGGCCGCCCGGAGGCCAACCCGUUCGGGGCGCGCGCCGUCAGGCUCUACCUCCGCGACGUCCGCGACGGCCAGGCCAAGGCGCGCGGCAUCGCCUACGAGAAGAAGCGCCGGAAGAGGAACCCCCAGACGUCGUCCAAGCAGAAGCAGCAGCAGGCGGCGGCCGCCGCCGCGGCCAGCCCGGCGCCCGUGGACAGGCCCGACAUGCGGCAUGGCAUGCUGGAGCAGACGCACUACCUGUUCCCCAUGCACGCGCACCUGUUCCAGGGACACUUCCUGGCGCCGGCGCCCGACGGUGACCCCGUGGGAGCCCUAGAUGGCGUAGUCCCGGCCGCCGGGGAUGACAUCGUGAUGGUGAUGGCGGCCGCGGCCGCCGCCGCCGAGGCGCACGCUGCCGGGUGCAUGAUGCCGCUGUCCGUGUUCAACUAGCUAGCUCGAUGCAGACAAUUAAGUAAUUAAGUAGGCCUAAGUAAGUCAAGCGUGCAUGUUAGUUUUUGGCAAUGGCGAUGCCUCGGCUUGGCCAUCUCGCCAUUUGAACACACCCCUAGGUUUGUACGCAGUGCGCGCCAACUCGUCGAGCGUAAUCCACUAGUACUCCCUCCGUAAACUAAUAUAAGAGCAUUUAGAUUACUACUUUAGUGAUCUAAACGCUCUUAUAUUAGUUUACAGAGGGAGUAGCUCUUUUGGUGAUUUUACAUUAGCGACUGAGGUAAUUGAUCAUGGUCAUCUGUAAUGUAGUAAUCUGCAUGGUUGUGAACGUGAAGUCACAAAAGUUGGCAGGUUUGAAAUGUUGGCUUAAUGAAACUCAUAGCCAAUUAAGUGUUAUGUUUGUUCCCCGCAAAAAAAAAAGUGUUAUGUUUUUUUUUGGA